AUGAGGAAGGGCGACAUAAAUCAGUGGAAAGAAGCUCUAAAAGAGAUGUCGGAGGCAGGAAUGUUAAGUAAUUACAUAAAAGUGUUCCAAACUAAGGAACGAGUGACGACCUAUGUGGCGACCCUUCCAAAAGUGCACAUCUUGGCCAAAUACAACAUUACGGGCCGUAUUCUGCUGCUGCCUAUUGUUGGUAAAGGGAAUGUUGUGAUGAAUCUAACGAACGUGGAAAUAGUUUAUCAGUACAAGUGGAACCUGAAGCGCUUGGAGGACGGGGAGGUGUACUACGUCCCGGAACCCGGAGCGCGUCUCGACAUGGACGCCCAAGGGAUGACCAUUCUACUGGACAACCUCUUCAACGGCGACAAAGCGCUCCUGGACACCACAAACAAGUUCCUAAACGACGAGUGGAGGGAGGUGUUCGAUUCGCUGCAGCCGUCGUUCGCCUCCGCCAUCUCGGAAGUCAUCACCAGCAUCCUCAACGGCAUCUUCACGCGCGUGCGCCAGCAGGACGCGUGGCUCGACGUGGACCCGGAGUCGCUCAAGAUCCCCUGGUACGUCAAGUUGAAAGUUGGUGAAAUGUCUGUGCUCAUGGGCUCGGAUAGUCCUGUAGCGGAGAAGUAUCCUGAUCAAGAAGUGAGACGAGCUGUUAUUUCUAUCGAGCCCCAUAUGCACUUCAAUUUCACUACGAUGGAAAAUGACAUCGCUAUCCUCAAGGUUUCAAAUGAAAUGGAAUAUGAAAUAUUUUUUAUUUGA